CAAAAUUAGCCAAUCAAACACAAACAUAAAUACAUAUAUUAAUAGUAUAUAUAUAUAUAAGCAAGUGGUUUCCAUUAUUAUCAGGGUUUCCAUAAAUACAUCAAAACCCCACAGUUGCGCCGCCGCCUGUAAACUCUCAAAAAUGUCCGAACCCCCACCCGAAACCGCCGUUCAAGAACAACAACAAGAAAGCUACCUCCUCCACUCCAUUAACUCCGCCGUCGUCAUCCGCCAGCUCCCCUCCCAGGGCCUCUCCUUCCAGCUCUGGCCCGCCGCCACCACUCUCUACACCCUCCUCGACCGCCACCGCAGCGGCGACGACGCCGCCGCCCAACCCACCCCUCUCUCCGCCCUCCUCACCGCCCCCAACCGCCGCCUCCGGAUUCUCGAACUAGGCUCCGGCACCGGACUCGUCGGAAUAGCAGCUGCCGCGCUACUCGGCGCUACCGUCACCGUCACAGACCUCCCCCGCGUACUCCCCAACCUCCAGUUCAACGUCGACGCCAACGCCGGAAUCUUGGCCGCCGCCGCCGGCGGAACCGUCGGCGUGGCGGCGCUGGCGUGGGGGGACAGGGCCCACAUGGAAGCCGUCGGCUGGGACUACGAUAUCGUACUCGGGUCCGACGUAGUGUACCACGACCACCUCUACGAACCGCUGCUGCAAACCCUCAAAUUCUUCUUGCUCGAAAGCGAGAAGAGAAUCGUGUUUGUUAUGGCGCAUUUGAAGAGAUGGAAGAAGGAAUCUGCGUUUUUCAAGAAAGCCAAGAAGUUGUUUGAUGUUGAUGUUAUACAUACCGAUAGCCCCUCCGAUGGUGGUAGAGUUGGUGUGAAUGUGUAUCGAUUCGUGCGGAGGGGUUAAUUAGCCAACGUAUUGAUUCUAUUCUUAGGAAACGUAAAAUGCGUUAUGAAU